GUGCCUGGCGCGAUUGCACCCUUUCCCCCCCUGUUGGCCAAUAGGAUUGCUUGGUCCCUCUCGCCUCAGCGCUCUCUCCCCGUCACUGGACCAGCACCAGUACUCGAGUACUCGUACAUGUACUGUACCGGUACCGGUACCGGUCCCUUCCCACCCCUCCGCGCUUGUGAAGAAGGCUCCUCUCCCUUCUCUUCGCGCCCGCCUUUUCCUUUUUCCUCCCUUUCACCUUGUCCACUCGUUUCAUUGUAGAGUACUGGUACUCGUACUUUACACCUGGUGUGCUUGCUGCCUUUUCGGUAUAUCUUCCAUUCCCUUUGCUGCUUCCCUGACGGGCCGGGUCCUCGAUAACACAUCUGCUGCCGCGUUGCCUCCCUUCCCACUCACGAGGAGUUGCAUUCUCGUCCACUCGUUGCCGUGUCUGCAUCUUUCUGCGAUUUCACCUGUCCUCCUAUCACCAGGUGCCCGUCCGCUCAUUUGAACAACAUAAUCUCAAUUUCCCCACUGUAAUAACCCGCUCUGGUGUUGCACGCCAUACAUUUUCGUCCAUCGACAGAUAAUACGUUGCCAGUCAACGACCCGUCCGAUCCAUCACUCGCACACUCACUCCCUUCAAUCGCCGAGGGGACAGGGAGGGAAAGAGAAUACAGGAAAAUCUUCAUCGACAGGAACAAGUGAACAGUUUCCCUGGAAAGGAGAAUACUCCGAUUUACUUGUCCUUGGGGAAAGGGAUACGGUAAGGGAGAAGGAUCACGUUUGCUGUCCCACCCUUGUUAGCCGGAGUAGACGAAGGAGGGUCACUCAAGUGCAUAUAUUAUCACCCACAUCAAACCUCGUCAGGGUUAAGGGGAGAGAAGAAAACCGACUGCUCGAGUGCGGGAAACUGCCUACACCACGCACCCACCCAUCGUCAGCAGACAAGCCCCGCACGCUUUCUUUUUCUUCUUCCUCUGGCUACUUCACGCUCUUUUCACCUUUCCCCCCCCCUCCUCGCUGGGUCGCUCUUUUGCCAGCCUGGGUCACUCCUACACCAUCUUUUAGCACCACCCAAGAGGCUAGAAAAGUUACCUGUCCCUUAUUUCCUCCUCAUUUCCCCCGCAUUAAUCAAGCAGACGGGAUUAUCCACCCUUCUUAUCCUUCUUUAUAUAAAAAAAGUCAUCACCCAUUUUCAAGACAAAAAAAACCGUUUGUAUCUCUACCCGGGACAUAUCCAGACGACAACGACCAGACAAGAUGGCAAUCGGCAGGGCCCUCACCAAGAAGCCGUCGAAAUACAGCUUCUCGACGUCGCCGACGGAAGCGCAAUCAAAGCGCGGCUCAAUUUCAAAGAUUCAGAUCUCGGCGCCUGUAGAACUAAUCAGCACGACAAACAUGAUCAGCUAUACCUCUCCAUCGCUGCGCUCAUCGAUAUCGCACCCAUCACCACCGACAUCGAGCACAAGCACAAGCCCGACGUCAUCCAGAUUCCCCCCAUCCUCACCAUCCUCCUCAUCGGCGAGUUCAAACUCGGGUUCGGACUCGGAAAUCUCCUCUCCGGACGAGCCCUCCCCACUGCCGAAUCACCUUUCAAUGUACUUUGCCCCAGCCAUUCCCGCCAGAAGCAAAUCUCGCCGUACAGCUCCUCCUCCACCUCCCCCGGCUCACCCAGCACCCGCACCGGUCGCAGGGUUGAGCCUGACCCGCACCCGCAGCCAGCAGAAGAUGCACUCCAGAGGCGUCCGCGCUUCGAACCCGUUUGGCGUGGAAUUGGCCAAGGUUGCAGAGAUGGCAGAAGACAUUGGUGUGCAGGUUCUAGAUGCGGAUGAGGAGUUCAUGGUGGAGCAUGGGUUGCAGAAGUUUUCAGCCGAUGAUUACGCGGCCGAGAUUGAUGGGGUGUUUGACGAUAUGUUCCCGAACCUGGGAGCUGGAUGGAUUUAGGAUUGUUCUCUCUCUCUCUCUCUCUCUUCUUUUUUGUCUUGGUGUCUGGUGAAUGGGAUUGUUGGAGAAGGGGAAAAGAGUAGAUUGAUGUGCCAAAUUUGUGGUUUUUUUUCCGGGGCAAGUACACUCAAACUCAUCACAGACUGGGAAAGGAAGAGUCUGCUCGUGUAUUGUCUAACAUCUCCAGUUUUGACCUUUUUUCCCUUUUUUUGACUUAAUGUUUUCACUUUAACUCUUUUUUUUGGCUGUUUGCGCUUGAAGCAUGAUGCCUGUCUACAGUACCGUACCCAUCGCAGCUAGUCUGCCCCAUUCUCCUAUAUCCUGUCUGUCUGUCUCGUGCAACUUUUUCGUCUUUUCCUCGCUCAUCUCAUGAUACCACUCACUCCUACACAAUCCUUUUUGUCUAUUAUUAUUAUUUUCCUCUUCCUUUCCUUGGGAGUACGGUUCACGGCGCGAUAUGUAAAAGCCUUUUUUUCUUCCCUGUCUUUAUUUAUUUCCAGUAUUUACUUAUUUUUUUAUACUUAUUCUUUACAUUUUUUAUCCCCUCGCAGAAUUAUGUACUUGUAUAUAGAACGUUGUUGACUUUGGCGGUGUUUGGCUCUUAAUAAAGGGUGUGGAAUUUUUG